GCAAAACGGAACUCUGGGAAGUGUAGUCUUCCGGCGGCCGCCGCCUCCGUUUCCUCGCUGGGCGGGCGAAGCAAGAUGGCGUUCGUGCGUCCCAAAGCGGCUGGUGUGGUGCUCAGCCAGGUGAAGAGUAUCGUGGUCCGCUUUUGCCCCUUCGAUGCGAACGUGGAAAGCAUCAGAAAUUUCCUUCACUGUUUACACACGAAGAAAGCCUAUGCAUCCAACAACAAUUGUGUCUUGAAAACAGAAGUGAAACACGAUGGAUCAGAGCCAGUAAUAGAUGUUCAUUUCGCUGAUGGUGACCGAUUGAUUAUGAAAAGUGCCAACUUGACUGUUACAGACAUGUUGAAGGCGUUCAACUCUCGCUGUGCAGCCAAGGAACUGAAGGCACAAGAGAAAGCUCAGAAAAAGAGUUCCUGAAAGCCAUCAAUAUUUAAAGCCAGCAUUUAAUGUGAAUAUGCAAAAAUCAGCCAGUGACUUUUCAUUCAGAAUAAUGGAGACUUUACUGGUAAAUGAAUGAAAUGUGACAUGGAUAGAGAUGGAGUGCAGAUCCGUUCUGACCAAUGACUGCAAGAGUUCUUUGAACUUCUGGUUAAAGAUAAAUUCUAGACAAGGGAAACACUCAAGCACGUCCAGUAUUGCUUCCCAAGUUAUAUCUAGCAGUGAAUCAGCAGAUAAUUACUGUUAUUGUAAGCAACAAAUCUUAAUAAUUGAGAAGGAUUUAUUGGCCUAGGUGUUUGAAAUCCAUGAAAUCCAAUUCUGUGCAAAUCAUACUCGAAUAGUGCUAUCAUAUGCAGAGUUAAUGCUUUCUAAUUCCAUUGAAGUCAGUGGGUUUGUAGGUGUGUGACUCUACAUAGAAUGGUACUGUUGACCUUUGAAUUGUUUAUAAAUUAAGUUGAAAAAAAAUCUCUUUGGCUGCAAUCUUUAAAACCGCUUACUCUGAUUUUUUGCCAGUUGUUUGGAACAGGUGACUUAAGAAUUACAAUAAUAGCUGAAAGAUGACAGACCGAUUCACAAUACUUUUUUCGGUAUUCUGUUAAAAGUGGUUGGAUUGUAGUUACUCUUCACCAUUUGGCAGUCACUAAGAAAAUAAAAAUUAAAAAACCCACAGUACUGAUAA